AGUUUAACAUAGGCUGUUCUGAAAUACUGUGAGGUAGUUAUAAAUCAUCCAAAUUGAAGGACAUGAAAGAGAAAAGCUUAUGCACGAGUUAAUGGAUUUUAGGAACGCGAAUUUCAUAUGAAUGUUAAAAGGAACUGCCGUCAUGGAUACAAGAGCUACAAGACGAGACGGCAAUGACCAAGAUCACAGCGCACAGAAUAAAGAACGCAGAUUUAGUGUUGAUAAAGAACAUGGUAAAUACAGUUCUUACAACAAAGAAAGGAAAGGGGGAAGAAGAAAAAGUGUUGAUGUGGGAUUUGGAACAUCAGGUUUGUAUCAUGCAAACAAAAAUGGUAGUGAUGUAGCAAGAAAUGGAAUCCACACUUUUCAAAGUAGAAGAAGUAGUUUAGAUUUUGGACAGACUAAGACUUCAGUGCCGCACACAGGAAGAAGAAGUAGUAUUGAUAUAGAGCGGAGAGUUUGGCUUGAUCAGGAAAUGGGGAAACGAAAACGAGUGAAAACCGUGCAAGAACAGAACCAGUCCGUACAGCUGGCGCAUGAGAUUACAAACAGGUUAUCAAGGGGAUUUUCUCAGAUCAGUAUGAAAGAGCCAAACUAUAACAGGCAACAAAAUGAAGACCAAGGGAAGGUUGAGGACUGCUUAACGAAAGACCCAAAUCUACGAGAAGAUCAAGUGAAAUUGAUUCUACAAUCAUUUUCGUCAAUGGAUGAAAAUGGCGACGGAAAAAUAUCCAAACGAGAAAUUGCGAGAGCGUACAGGCUUGCAGGGUUCAACCCAACUAAGGCAGAACUAGAUAGCAUUGUCUUGGAACACGAUGAAAAUGACGAUGGCUACAUAGACUUCGAGGAAUAUUUCAAUGUUAUGCGCACAAAAAUGAUAAAAAUGGACUUUGAAAAAGAAAGGCUAAAAACCGCAUUUAAAGUGUUAGACCUUGACCAAGAUGGGUUUAUAUCACGUGACGAACUGUCACACGCCCUCUCAAAGACCGGAGACCAAUUUACCGAGAAAGAGAUAAAUGACAUUAUUGAAAGAGCAGAUAAAAAUAACGACGGGAAGAUCGAUUAUAAUGAAUUCGUUGACGCGGAGCUUUGUAAAUCUGUGUUUUGAUCAAGGCGUUUUCGUAUUCAGCAUUAACAGCUGUUGAUAGAAUUAUUUGAAAGAUGCCUGUUUCCAAACUUCGCAAUUCGUUGUCUUUAGAACAUGGCAACACUUCUAGAUAAGCAACUUAAAGUUUGUUUUGACUGUGUUUUAAAACAAAAAAUGUAACACUAUAAUGCAAUACAGCACAGCACUUUACCAAAUAUGCAACCUUGACAUUGACAAUAUACAUUACACGAAACGAUGCAAUGCAAUACAACCAUACAUAGACACUACACACAACACUUCACUGCACUACGCUACACUACUCUACACUACACUGCAUUAUAAUUUGCAUAGCUAUUUUUAUUUAUAAUAAAAUGGUAUUAAUAAGUUGAUUUUAUAGUGGUGGCUUUGUUGUAAAGCCACGCCGAGGCCGUUAGGUCGAUGUAAAUGCGAGAUGAUUUUUUUACGGCCAAAUAAGAAACCAUAUCAGAAAUAACCUAGGAAGUGCCUGUUUAGUAAAUAAUUUUGAUUAUAUUUAUUUAAAACGUUUUAUUGUCUUUAAUUUUUUUUAUGUUAACCUCAAAAGUCAGGACACAGAUCUUUUUUACUUUACAAUGAUAUCAAUCAGAUUUAUGUUUAGAUCGACGCAAAUUUAAAGUUUUGUUAUGGCCGGCAACGGGGUACCGAGUGGUUAAGGUCGCUUAAAUCACUGUUGGUUCGAAACUUCGCUUGGUGUGUACAAUUCUUUCGUGAGAGGAAGUUAUAUCAUUUUUUGUAAUCCAGUCUUUCUUGAUGUUAAACCGAACAAAACAAACACAGACAUAACUGUAUGACUGUGACUAAACAGAUCUGGUGUGCAUGUGAUAUAUUAGAGACUCCGGUAUAUACCGGAUUCAAGCGAUUAGAAUGAUUAUUAUCUUUAAAUGUAUAUAUUUUGUAACCAUGGAAACCCUAGCCCUAACAUAUAGUCAGUAUAUCAUUAUGCAUAUUCACUUAAUGCGUGCAGACAUGCAAAAAUCUGCGUAUUUAUACCGUGCUCUCCGAUUAAUAUGACGAUUUUGUGACAUGCGCAGACCGACUGCACCAGACUUGUAAUGAGGAACAUCUUAACAAUUUCAUAUAGAAACAGUUUUAAAAAUUUGUUUCAGACUACUGAGGGAUACUUUCCAUGUGUACUUUUUAAAUGGAAUGGAGUUUGGGAAAUGGAUCGUUAUUUUUGAAGACAUCAAAACAUCAUAUACUUAUUUUUCUUCAACAAAAUUUUGAAUCCGGGCAUUGCAUGCAUGAAUAUUACACAUUUUAAGUCUUUAAAUGUUUUAUCUAUAUAUUUAUGUUGUCAUUGAUUUAUACUUAGAUUUUAAAAAAAUAAACUGAUGAAUAAAUUUAA